AUGCUUGCUGGGGCGUAUCCAAGCUUGUUUCGGAAAUCGACAGAUUACAUUCAGUGUAAUUAUGCUAUCAUCAAGUAUUGGACAGAAAUCCUAACAUACGAAGAAGUUACACUAUAUUUAUCAAAAACGGGACGAAAAAGGCCGCUUGUUCUUUGUGGCCCAGAGGGAGUUGGUUGUUUGGAGUUGAGACAACGUUUGGCUGAAU